UCUUUUUGUCCCUCUUCCUUUUCUUCCUCCUCUGCUUCAUCCAUGACCCUAAAGAAUAAGGGGGGCCUCCAUGGUCUGCACACUCCCGAAUCUGCUCCUGCUAGUUGCAUGGCGACGACAAUUGUUGCUGUCAUUCAGAGACUAAACCUAGGCAUCCGAUGUGACAUGUAGGCACCAAUGGGCGCUAUAAAUCUGCAUGGAGUGUACCAUUCCCUUGCAAACUACAGCCAAGUAGCAAGUGCAGCAGGCUAGCUAGGCAGCAAACGCACACAUCCAGCUACUCUGCUCGAUCUCGUAGCUAAGUCAUGGCCUCUGCCUCUUGCCUUAGCUUGUUGGUGCUCGUGGCGCUGGCCUCGGCGGCGUCGGCGCAGCUGUCGUCGACGUUCUAUGACACGUCGUGCCCCAACGCGCUGUCCACCAUCAAGAGCGGGGUGGCGGCCGCGGUGGCGCAGGAGGCUCGCAUGGGGGCCUCGCUGCUCAGGCUGCACUUCCACGACUGCUUUGUGCAGGGCUGCGACGCGUCCGUGCUGCUGAAUGACACGGCCACCUUCACCGGCGAGCAGGGGGCAAACCCGAACGCCGGAUCGAUCAGAGGUUUCAACGUCGUCGACAACAUCAAGGCGCAGGUGGAGGCCGUGUGCCCGCAGACCGUCUCCUGCGCCGACAUCCUCGCCGUCGCCGCCCGCGACUCUGUCGUUGCGCUCGGAGGGCCGUCAUGGACCGUUCUGCUGGGGAGAAGGGACUCCACCACUGCAAGCUUGUCUCAGGCCAACAGCGACCUGCCUGCUCCUUCCUUGGAUCUCGCUAACCUCAUCGCCGCGUUCGCCAACAAAGGCCUUAGCACCACCGACAUGGUUGCUCUCUCGGGCGCGCACACGAUCGGGCAGGCGCAGUGCCAGAACUUCCGUGCCCACAUCUACAACGACACCAACAUCAACUCGGCCUUCGCGACGUCGCUCAAGGCCAACUGCCCCGCGGCAUCCCCCAACGGCGACACCAACCUGGCGCCGUUGGACACCACGACGCCCAACACGUUCGACAACGCCUACUACAACAACCUGCUGUCCCAGAAGGGCCUCCUGCACUCCGACCAGCAGCUGUUCAACGGCGGCAGCACCGACAACACGGUCAUGAACUACGCGUCCAACACGGCGGCGUUCAGUAGCGCCUUCACGACGGCGAUUGUGAACAUGGGGAACAUCAGCCCGUUGACGGGGACCCAGGGGCAGAUCAGGCUCAGCUGCUGGAAGGUGAACUCGUAAGACGGACGUAUGGCCGGUAUGGUACGUUGGCAGCGUAAAUAUGUCAAUGCGUUAAGACGAAUAAGGUCGUGCCCGCACUACCAACAAGUAUAUAUGUAUGCAUGUCGAGUGGCAUACGCCAACUCGCUUUAAUUUCUUGGUCCGUGAAGUGUAUGGAACGGAUGAGAGGGCGUGCCGUGCAGCUAUAUAUACAUAUGUAUCGAGCGAGUUUUAGAUCAUGCGAAUGCAUGGGAGAUUAACUAUCACUUGCUCUC